CGCCUUAGUGGUAGCAAUCAGCUAACGUGUUAGUGAGCAAUACAGUAACUAUCUACAUUUGAGAAUACAUUCCAGACUUUAAGGAAACAUUUCUUAAUUGUGUUUUCUUCCGAUGCGUUCUCGCAAUGGAACAUAUAUGUAGCUAGCUGGAAAGUGGUGGUUGCCUUGUGUAAUGUGCUUGAUAUCUAUUUAGCUUCGUGCUACUGUAGGUUAAACAUUUGAAAACCAAACUACAGUAACGUGCUACUUUGACUGCUAGCUACAUAGCUAGGUAAUAGCAGAGCGAUGUUUAUUUAUCUAAGUAAAAAGAUUGCCAUCCCCAACUCCAUACACCUGAAGUGUGUCUCCUGGAACAAGGACCAGGGUUUUAUAGCUUGUGGAGGGGAUGAGGGUCUUCUUAAAGUUCUCAAGCUUGACACUCAAACUGAUGAUGCAAAACUCAAAGGGCUUGCAGCACCCAGUAAUCUGUCAAUGAAUCAGACACUGGAAGGACAUAGUGGAGCAGUGCAAGUUGUCACCUGGAAUGAACAGUACCAGAAGCUCACCACCAGUGACCAAAAUGGCCUCAUUAUUGUAUGGAUGCUCUACAAAGGGUCAUGGUACGAAGAGAUGAUCAACAACAGGAACAAGUCAGUUGUUAGGAGUAUGAGCUGGAACGCAGAUGGCCAGAAGAUCUGUAUCGUCUAUGAGGACGGUGCUGUCAUCGUUGGAUCUGUAGAUGGUAACCGGAUCUGGGGAAAGGAGCUAAAGGGAAUCCAGCUUGCUCAUGUGGCUUGGUCCCCAGACAGCAAAAUCCUCUUAUUUGGAAUGGCUAAUGGAGAAAUACACAUCUAUGAUAAUCAAGGAAACUUUAUCAUGAAGAUGACCCUCAACUGUCUUCACAACGUGACGGGAGUCAUCAGCAUUGCGGGGAUCCACUGGUACGCAGGGACUGAGGGCUACGUGGAGCCAGACUGUCCCUGUCUGGCCAUCUGCUUCCAUAACGGCAGGUGCCAGAUCAUGCGCUACGAGAGUGAUGACAAGCCCGUGUUCAUAGACACGCUCAUGAACGUGGCCAGUAUCCAGUGGAAUCAGUGUGGCAGCGUGCUGGCUGUGGCUGGCUCCCUGAGGGUCUCCACCCUGGACAAAGAGGUCAACGUGGUUCAGUUCUACACUCCGUUUGGAGAGCACCUGCGGACUCUAAAGGUUCCUGGGAAGCAGAUGACAGCUGUUGCCUGGGAAGGAGGAGGACUUCGUAUUGGACUUGCAGUGGACUCUUACAUUUACUUUGCCAACAUCAGGCCAGAUUACAAGUGGGGCUAUUGCUCCAACACAGUGGUGUACGCCUACACAAAACCAGACCGACAAGAGUACUGUGUGGUGUUCUGGGACACCAAGAACAAUGAGAAGUUUGUGAAAUACGUCAAGAGUCUAAUGUCUAUCACCACUUCAGGAGACUUCUGCAUACUGGCCACCAAAUCAGACGACACACAUCCUCAGGAGGAUGCUGAGUUAGAAUCGGGUAGUGCAUUGUUUGUGUUGGUUCUCUGUAACUCCAUUGGGACUCCACUGGAUUCAAAGUACAUUGAUAUUGAUCCACUGUUUGUGACGAUGACAAAGACUCAUGUCAUCACUGCGUCUAAAGAGGCCUUCUAUACCUGGCAGUACCGCGUGGCAAAGAAACUGACUGCCCUGGAAAUCAACCAAGUGUCCCGGACUAGAAAAGAAGGCAGAGAGAGGGUGUACCACAUUGAUGAGACUCCGUCAGGGAACACGGAGGGUGCUCUGGACUUUGCCAAGGCCUUCACGGCAACGCAAGAUCAUAUUUGCUGCAUUACAGCGACUGACAAAACUCUUAUUGUGGGACGUGAGUCUGGGACAAUCCAUAGAUACAGUCUCCCUAACGUGGCUCUGGUCCAGACGUACUCUCUUAACUACAGGGCCUACCAUGUCUCAUUGAACUGCAACUCCAGCCGCCUGGCAGUAAUAGACGUGUCAGGUGUCCUGACCCUCCUGGACCUGGAGGUGCGUGUGUCUUCAGGAGACAGCACAGGCAGCCCGCUUACUGUGGGGGACCCGUCCAAGUUUGAGAGAAAAGAUGUUUGGGACAUGCAGUGGGCGAAUGAUAACCCUGAUCUGUUUGCCAUGAUGGAGAAGACCAGGAUGUAUGUAUUUAGGAAUCUCGACCCCGAGGAACCCAUCCAAACAUCAGGCUAUAUCUGCAAUUUUGACGACCUGGAAAUCAAAUCUGUCUUGCUGGAUGAAAUCAUGAAGGAUCCGGAGCGGCCCAACAAGGAUAACCUCAUCAACUUUGAGAUCCGAUCCCUCAGAGACAGCCGUGCUCUGAUAGAAAAAGUUGGAAUCGACGACGCUUCCCAGUUCAUCGAAGACAAUCCUCACCCUAGACUCUGGCGACUGUUGGCCGAGGCUGCACUCCAGAAGCUGGACCUGAAGACUGCAGAGCAGGCCUUCGUCCGCUGCAAGGACUACCAGGGCAUUGAGUUUGUGAAACGCCUGGGAAACCUGCAGAGUGAGGCCAUGAAACAGGCCGAGGUGGCAGCCUACUUUGGGCGCUUUGAAGAAGCUGAGAGGAUGUACCUGGACAUGGACCGCAGAGAUCUAGCCAUAAGCCUGAGGAUGAAGCUGGGUGACUGGUUCAGGGUUCUGCAGCUGCUGAAGUCAGGCUCAGGGGACUGUGACGACUCCAUGCUGGAGCAGGCUUACAACGCCAUCGGGGACUACUUUGCAGACCGUCAGAAGUGGGUAAACGCAGUGCAAUACUAUCUUCAAGGACGCAACCAGGAGCGCCUGGCAGAGAGCUACUACAUGUUGGAGGACUAUGAUGGCCUAGAGAGGCUGGCUAAUUCCCUUCCAGAGAACCAUAAACUACUCCCGGAAAUCGGACAGAUGUUUGUCACCGUAGGCAUGUGUGAACAGACCGUGACGGCCUAUCUCAAGUGCAAUCAGCCCAAGGCUGCAGUCGACGCCUGCGUUCAUCUGAACCAAUGGAAUAAAGCAGUCGAGUUGGCCAAAAACCACAAUAUGAAAGAGAUCAAAUCUCUCCUCGCCAAGUAUGCUUCUCAUCUGCUGGAGAAGAAUAAGACCCUGGAGGCUGUGGAGUUGUACCGUAAAGCACACCAUUUCUUAGAUGCAGCCAAACUCAUGUUCAAGAUAGCUGAUGAGGAGGCUAAGAAAAGUACCAGGCCGCUGAGAGUGAAGAAGCUGUAUGUGCUGGCAGCACUGCUGGUGGAUAACUACCAUGGGCAAGUGAAGACAUCACAGCAGGCCAAAGGAAAGAAAUCUGAGGCCACGUCUGCUCUGGCUGGGCUUCUGGAGGAGGACGCCACCUCGUCUGAUGAUCGCAUCGUGGACCAUGCCUGGCGCGGGGCAGAAGCCUAUCACUUCUUCCUGCUGGCUCAGAGGCAGCUGUACGAUGGCUACAUGGAGAACGCCAUGAUGACAGCUCUCCAUCUCCGUGAUUAUGAGGGCAUCAUCCCUGCAGUGGAGAUCUAUUCCCUGUUGGCCAUCUGUUCCUCGGCCAACCGGGCCUUCGGCACCUGCUCUCGGGCCUUCAUCAAGCUGGAGUCCUUGGAGAGCCUGAGCCUGGAGCAGAGGCAGCUUUACGAGGACCUGGCUCUGGAGAUCUUUACCAAGCACAGCCCCAAGGACAGCCGCAAGUCAGAGUUGGACAGCCAGCCCGAGGGGGCGCUAGGGAAGUUGCCCACUUGCAUUGUGACUGGACGGAUCAUCUCAGAGUACCAGUUCUGGAUGUGCAGUGUGUGUAAGCACUGUGCCUUGGAGCAAGAGAUUGGCAGCUAUAGUUUUUGUCCACUUUGUCAUAGUUCAUUGUCAUGACAUCCAGAGGCUUCUGUGCAGAUCUGAAGUCAUUUCAAGGAUGGAGAAUAUUGUUUCCUUGCUGUUAGACGUUAACCUGUUUUGAUACAGGUCCCUGGGACAGAAAGUUAGAAUUUGUAUUCUUCAACUAUUUCAAAAUGGGGCUUACGAGAUACCAGAUUCUAUAUAGAUUUUGUCACUUAACUUGUUUACAAUGGGUUAAAAAUAUUUUGUCCUAUAUUCUCACAGACAAAUACCCUGUUUUUUACAUUUUAGAUAUCUUGCAUAACAUAUCUUGUUCAUUGAAUGUAGCCUAUGCGAACAUGUAUCCUCUGUUUCUUGUUUUGUCAUAAAAUCUGAUUGAUUUUAUAAAAUUAAAAUAAAGCCUAUCGCGUGGUAUAGGCUAUAUAUCAUAUUAUAUAUCAAAACACAUUUGCAGUUUCAUGCAUUUCCUUGAGCAUCGGUGUAUCAGUAGAUCCACUCAAAAUGAGUUGUAUCCUAAACUGUCUUUAUAUUAAAUGUAAGUGUAACUUUGCUGAAAGGUGUUCUGUAACUGUUAAAAUGUUUGUUUUCACGUAACUUUGUCUUUCACAAAUUAUUACACAAAAGUAUACUGGUUGCAUAUUUAAAAAAUAUAGUG